UAACGGACGUCAAGUUUUUAAUCAAUAACAGUAACCCAGCAAUUAUAUUUCUGACUUAUUUAUCACACAAAACAAAUAUAAGUGGCAGAUAUAUUGACUUAUUUCCUCCAUCUUAUUAGAGAUUUUGACCCACGUUCUCUUUUGAGUGUGAAUAUAGCCCGGUCUUGAGUGAUAUAUUCUGGUAUAGUCCCCGGUGUGUCAGCUAUACUGAUGAUAUACAAGAUUAUUAUAGCACGCGACUGUGAAAGUGAAUAUAGUUGAGUGUACCGUGAUACUAGUGGCUGCUAGUUGCAGUAGGUGGUUCCUAGUGACUGUAACUAGUUCGGAUUAUAUCACCUCACAUUUUCUCGCUUUCACCCAAUAUAAAUCGAGAAUCGCGUGCUAUGAAAUCAUCGAACCACGCCAGCGAUGACCUGUAGAAUUCGUCCACAGUUUCCAGAUUAACGAAGAACCGUGACUGACCGAAGCCUCCUCAGCACAAAUUAGUUUAUCUCGAAUUACACGAAGCGAUUAAUUAGAAACGAACACUUAAAAGAGAAGCUCGCAAAAAAGAGUUUCCCUGGUAGAGAGAUUACCUUCAGGUCCAUAGAGAAAUUUCAUUCUUUCAUUCAAUAAUACUUCGUCGAAGCUCACGUUCAGGAAAACACAGUUAUUUAACUCUCUAUAGGUUCUAAAACGAGAUUAACUGAAAAUCUCGUGUUUCCCACUCAAUUUCUUUAGCAUAAGAUCUGAAACACUUUAAGCUGUAUCUGAAAAUAUACUCAUAUAUAUUAAUACUUAAGAUCAUAUUGCCGUAGUCCCUAAGAGAGAAAAUUUAUAUUUCUAUAAAAGUAUUUUUAAUUCACACUUGUUUAAGAAACACAUAUAUAAAAAAUCACCCUCGAUUUGCUUUGCGUUUCCCAGCGAGCGUACUUACUUCCGUCCGUUUAAGGUAACGCUUUGCUCACAACCUCAACCAAAUCGAUUUUCACUCCCACUUAAUAACUUUAAACGUUAAAAGUAUUCGAAGAUAUCCUUGAAGAGAUCAACCAGAGUAUAGAAACGUAGAAGUUUACCACUUCACUACUCGCGUUGUAGUCUCUAUGAAAGGUUCACGUAAGGUAGAAGUAGGAACACAAGUAGGGAUAUUUAGACUGCGCACAGCUUAGUACCGAGAUCAUCCACGAAGCAUUGGCCCUCCAUGCCUGGCUACCUGAGCGCCCCCUACUGGAACUUCGAAGCCGACUCUUCCAGUAUGGUCUCUUUCUCAGCCCUGGAUGACAACAACUCCGGCCUGAACUUCUGUGGCACAAACCCCAACCUGCACUCGUCGUCCCACACACCCAUGGGCCUCGGCCCCAUCGCUGGGUCUGGCCCCAUGAGUGCCUCAGCAAUGGGCCUGAACUCUGGCCCCAAUGGGCUUAACUCCAGCAGCAGCGGCAUGGGUCCAACCCUGAGCCAAAGUAGGACUGACGUGGGUUCAUCUUCAGCCUCGUCAGGGAGCUGCUCGCUGAACCCUCUCGCUGACGAAGGAGGUGGUCUUAUCAUCAUCUCAGCAGCUGACGUCAACGGUGUGCUCACUGACGUCGAUGAUUUCGCCUCAAAUGAUAACGAAGAUUUCAGCACCGAUGAUUUCGGCCGGAGCCUCGGCUCCGACGACUACGCUCCAAUCAGCGACUCCUUCUCCCUGGAGCAGUUCUUCCCUAACGUCAAUAACAGCGAUGACGACAGCCUGCUGCGUAGUCAGUACCUGAAUAACAACUGCGAAUUUAAUGACCGCAACCAAUUGAUAACCUCAAGCAACAACGGCCUGAACAACAGCAAUAACAACAGUAACAACAGCAGAAGCAACAACAGCUGUCGGGCCAGAAGAGAUGCAUCCUGCCUGAGCUCCCUCAGCUCCAUGGCGCCUAACUUCAAUAUCAAGGAGGAGCCUGACCUGUACCUGGACGACGACCACAUGGGGACCAGCGGCCUCCUCACCCCCGGUCCCCUAGACAGCCCCACGUUCACCCAACUCGCCCCAGCCCAGCCCUAUCCCCCAGUCGGGGUUCAGACCGACCAGUCGUUCGCUAGUCUGCUGAAAGACAACAAUGACGUCAGCAAUGUGACGUCAUCAGUCAGCUCGUCAGCUGACAGCAUCAAGAGAGAGAACAACAGCAAUGUUGCAGCCGGCAACCCUCUAUUGGCAGAGCUUCUGGCGUCACCGGCCGGCGACGUGUCGGCUCUCAUCAACAACAUCAACAUUAAGAACGAAAUGAAGAAGGAAACCUUGGACACGAAAUGCGACUCUUAUGAAGUUCACACAGACGGGAGCAGUUCUACAGACGGUAGACUUCACCUGUCGUCUGUCAAUCCCAACCCGUCUGCUUCCACCUUAUCCACCAGCAACCCUCAGCACCACCUCCACCCUCAGCACCAGCAGCAGCAGCGUGCUCGAGAACAGCAGCAAUAUCGGCUGCAGCAGCUGCACCACAGCAGCAGCAUCCAAGAACUGCUGCGCAACGCUCCUGGACGCAACGGCAGCAGCAACAGCAGCAGCAGCGGCCACAGCAGCAACAGCAAUAGCCCCAUCAGUGGCUACAGCAAUAACAGCACAAUCACCCCCAGUAAUAACAGCACUGCAAGUGCUGGGCACAAUAACGGUUAUUACAACCUCAAUCCUGCAGCACAUUCCGGACACCGCACCACCUACCACAACACAAACGGUUCGCUGCCGCCGUCUCCAGCAGACUCAGGAGUCUCAGACGUCGACUCGUCGUCUGGUCAGAACCUCAAUGAUGUUUGCAGUAGCAACACCCCCGACUCACCUCCCUCCCAUUCAUACGGGCUCCAUGGAGGCCCCCCCUCCCGCCUCCACCUCCCCCACCACCAGCUCCACCAACAACACCUCCAUCAGCAACACCUGCAGCAACAACAGCAACACCAUAUGUUGCAACACCAACAACAACCUAACCACCAUAUGGUCGGAUACCAUAGAGACUCACCGAGCAGCAGCAGCAACAACAGCAGUUAUGGCAUGUCGCUUUCUGCGGGGGGAUUCGUAGACCCCAACUCGGGGCCGGUGCCUCCUAGCUAUCCUACAGGACUCUCUGCCACAUCACACAUGUCCUCAACAUCCUCACACCACAACAUGCAGUCAUCACACGCGAUGUCGUCACCACACACGCUGCCCGCGUCACCACACUACGGUCAGAUGACUCCAAGUAACGAUUUAUCAUCACUUCUGAUGGGACAAACAUCAUCACACUUGGGGCAUCAUUUGGGCAUGAGCCAACAUCCGUUGAAUAACGUGAAUCCUUCGAGUCCUUCGUCAGCGGAGGAUUUCUUCAUGGUGGAUAUGCAGAUGAGCGGCAGGAUGAAAAAGAAGGGACGUAAGCCCAAGCCUCUGGAGGGGGGAUCUAACCCCCAGCAAUGUAGCAAGAGGAAGAGCAGAGAAGGAUCUACGACAUUCCUAUGGGAGUUCCUACUGAAGUUGCUACAGGAUAGCGAGUGUUGUCCUAAGUACAUCAAGUGGACUAACCGCGAGAAAGGAGUCUUCAAACUCGUCGACUCUAAGGCCGUGUCCAAACUCUGGGGCCAGCACAAGAACAAACCCGACAUGAACUACGAGACCAUGGGCAGAGCGCUCAG